AUGGCGGACUGGACAGGGGCUGCCUCUGCGCUUCCGCUGCCUCGCGGCGCCGAGGAGACGAAAUGGCAGGUAUCUCCAUCGGCUUCAGACCCGUCUCCGUCUGCGUCGACUGCGACACCUGGUGGCCGCUCGUCGCCCGCGUCCCUCGGGCGAGAGAGCGCCUCCUCGUCUCUCCCUGCUUCGUCGUCGCCCUGCCCUCCGUCUUCUUCCUUGACCUCGCCGGAGUCACCACUCUUCUCCUGUCCGCCGGUGCUGGUGUGGCGGGCGCCUCCACGGCCUUCUGUUGCCGAGGCGGAGGAGGCGAUUCGAGAGUGCACCGCUUCGCCCUCUUCGCUGCUUCCCGCGGAACUCCGGCUGACGCCCUCUGCCGAGUCGCUGCUUCAGCUCUUCACCUCCUCGUUCGCAUCCUCCCCGUCCACUUUAUCGGGCUCCGCCGCCGCGCCUACGAGGUCGCGCGCUGCGCCAUUUGUCAGUCUCGCGCAAGUCCGCGCGCUCGCGGCGCAUCCAGUUUUUGCGGCGCUCGGCACCUACCUACGGCGUGGCGGCCUCGUCGUGUUUCCAACCGAAACGGUCUACGGGCUCGGCGCCGCGGCGACCGUUCCAGGCGCCUGUGCGCGCGUUUUCCUCUCGAAGCGCCGCCCACCCUCAGACCCGCUCAUCUGCCACGUGGUUUCCGCCCAGCAGGCCUUCGCGCAAGUCUUCGACCUCGAUGACGAUCCCUCUCCUGCUGCCGCAGCCGCUCAACCCCCUGCAGGCGGCGCCGCAGAGAGCCCUGCGUGGCAGCUGCGCGGCGAGCGGCGGGCGAUGCGGCAACUGGUCGCGGCUCUCGCAGACGCCUUCUGGCCUGGGCCUCUCUCCGUCGUCGCGAGGGGGAAAAUCCUCGAAGACAGACCCGACGGCUCGGGAGUCGCCCUCGCGGUCACUGCAGGCACGCGCCUUGUCGCAGCUCGGUGCCCGAAUCAUCCGCAUGCGCUCGCGCUCAUCGCGGCGGCGGGCGUCCCAGUCGCCGCGCCGUCCGCGAAUCGCUUUGGCAGAAUCAGUCCCACGACAGCUGGGCACGUCGUCAACCAGUUCGCGUCUUCUCCUCCUUCAGCUUCCUCUGCGCCGCCUGCGUCUGCCUCCGGCUCCUCUCCUUCCUCUUCGUCCGCCGAUUCUGCUUCAGCGGAGAGCGCGCAGCCCGCGAGUCUCGCGGCGAAGCGCCAGCGGGUCGCAGAGAAGGAAGACGAGGAGAAUCUGCGUGCGCCAGACGCGAAGAGGCAGAAGGCCGGGAAGGCGUUGGAGGCGACCCUCGAGGCACGGUUGCAGGAUCUUCCGCCCGAAGGAGACAACAUGCUACUGCUCGACGGCGCAGAGGAGGAGUGCUGCUGUCUCGGCAUUGAGUCGACAGUCGUCAAGAUCUCCGCGCCUGAAGCGUCAGGCGACGCUUUCGAAAUUCAAGUUCUCCGACGCGGCGUCAUUUCGGCCGAGAUGAUUGAGGAGGCCCUGAAAGCCGCGGCGCAGAGGGCAGCGCCGACGGAACAGACAGGAGAGACAGCCGGGGCUGAAGUCCUGCCUCCCUUCCCGCCGUUCUCCGUUCGCGUAUCGGAGAAGCUGCAUUACCACCUCGCGAUGGAACACGCGAAAGCCGCGCCGCCACCGGGUGCAGCGCCUCCAGAGCGGGCGCGUGGAGAGCCCGCACACAGCGAGGUCGGCGCGAAAGAGACACAGACGGAGCCGCACGCAGCCGCGCCGAGAGCCUCAGAGACACACGCGGACGACUCGACGCCGAUGGAGAGCCCCGGACUCGCUCUCACGCACUACGCGCCCUGUCUUCCCUGCAUGCUUAUCGUCGACAAGGACGAAGCUGAAGGCAGAGAAAAUGCAGACUCGCCCGCGGCGACGCCGGUCGAGACGCCCGACUCUGAAGCAGACGCCGCCACAGGCGCGAACGAGAAGCGGAGGGCGCCAGACGCGACGGCCGCGGCUCGCGAGGCUGCUGAGAAGACGGCGAACAGCCGCACAGGGGGCUCUGCGGCUGCGCGAAGCGGCGCGGAGGCCCUCGACGCCUCCACCGUUGUUGUGAUCGACGCAGACCGGACUCUAGAGCCUCUAAAGGAGCGCUUUUCUGCGUACUUUUCGCUCCUGCCGUCGGAGGCAUUCGCCGCGGAAGGUGACGCCGCGGGGGGGACCUCGAAGUGGAAGAAAAUCGCCCAGUGCGGCGCGAAGACAGUCUUCGCCACGCUGCACCAGGCGGAGCACUCCGCACUCGAGCUCGGCGCGAAGGCCAUCCUCAUCCAUGCGUCGCCGCUCCUGAAGGGUGGCGAGCAGGGCCUCGCCGUGUUUGAUCGCCUCUACAGGUCCGCGUCAGGUAGACGCGCGGAAAUCGACGGCGUGAAGCUCGCUAUGCCUCUUCCUUCAUCGAGCUCUUCGGCUGCAUGCGUUCGCUUUUUGCCGCUGGCGUGUUGA